AUGCACCCCAAGAGGGUAGCAGUGCCCCAUAGGAAUGUGCCUCACUCCUGGGCUCAAUCUAGCAUUUUUGCUGCCUUCAAUGUUGUGCUGUUGAUCAUCAUCAGUGGUCUGUUCUUCUCAUUUCCGUGGCUGGCUCAGCAUGGUGACUGGGUGUCUCCCACCAUCACCGGGUUCCUCUUUGUUCCCACUGUGGUCAGUCUCAUUGUUCUCAAUUUCUCUGACCCUGGCAUCCUCCACCGAGGCUCUGAGUGGCAGUGCCCACUGGACAUCAAAGUGAUGUGGGUGAACAGGAGAGCUUUCCGCCUGCAAUGGUGUCAGAGCUGUUGCUACCAUCGUCCUCCCCGGACCCACCACUGUUCUCGGUGCAACAUCUGCGUGGAGGAUUUUGAUCACCAUUGCAAGUGGGUCAACAACUGCAUUGGCCAACGCAACUUCCGAUGCUUCAUGCUGCUGGUGUUCUCACUCUGCCUCUACACGGCAGCCCUGUUUUCUGCCUGCUUGGCCUUCUUGAUCCGGACUUCCCACCAGCCUUUCUCGAUGGAUAAGGCUUUUGCUAUUGUGGUGGCGGUCCCGGCUGCUGCCUUCCUGCUGCCGCUACUGCUGCUGCUGGGACUUCAGGUUCUGUUUAUGAGCUCAGCCCAGCGCUUCUAUGAGGUCAAGUACCGUUACCUGCAGGGUUAUAAUCCCUUUGACCGGGGCUGUGCCACCAAUUGGUAUUUAGCCUUUUGUGCACCAGUGGGACCUAAGUACAUGGCAGAAGCUAUCCGGCUGCAGAGGGUGGUGGGGCCAGACAAGGUCCACAUGUCCAGAUUAUGUUCCCCUCAGUGGCACGCUGCCCCUUGCCCCGUCCCUGUGCCCUACUCCCAGUCAGCCAGAGUGCCUUGUCCCUAUGCCAUCUCUGUGCCCACCCUUCAUUCUACUGGUGGUGUGCCAAGCUUUCACCCUACCAACAUGUCAAGAACCCACCCCACCACCGUGCCAGGCUCCCACCCUGUUCCUGUGUUUGCCCCCCAACUCUUUCACAUGAAACCCUGGAGGUCAGGGAGAGCUCCGUUGUCGGGUCGGGAAGCAGCUCCUCAGCGAGAGUUUCAGGAUGUGGGUGUUCUUCCUCCACUCAGAGAGGCCCAGAGACAAACUUUGGGGAGCCACUCACCUGGAGCCAGCCCUUGCCAAGGAGCUCUGCUAUGCCAAGAACUCUCCCUAAGUUCUUUCCCUUGA